AUGUCUUCAUCUAAACAAACUAAAAUGCCUACCAAGUCCUAUGCAGCAGCUGCUAAAAAAGCUACCCCCCAAAGCUCACCUUUUUCCUUCCAAAACACUGAAUGCAACUUAGACUAUGAUGUUGCCAUCUCCAACAGACAGGUUCCCAACACUGACUUGAAAAACUCAGUGUUCUUUGACCUCCGUAACCUCCCUGUAAGUGAACAAGACCUUUUCGACUACCUCAAAUCCAGAAUCACUGGCAUUGCCCUGCGUGAAGACCUGGGGUUAUUGGAAGCAGCCUUUGCAGAUGAAAAGACUGCAGACAACUUCCUCAAAACCCCCCUCCUCAUCAAUGAAAAACGGGUGGCAGCCCUUCCUCCAAGAAAUAAAGCACCAAGGAUCCUAAGGAUCAAACUGGCUAAUGUUCCAUUGCUCCCUCGUCCACAAGUGGAAAACGCCCUUACCACACAUUGGGGACAAUAUGCCUCAGUCAAAGCAAUUGCACCCUUCACAUACAAAGGAACUUCUAUCACUACCAGACGAUGGGACAUGAUUGUAGAAAUUACCCCCGAAGCUGACAGACUUGAAGCACCAGUGGCCUUCCCACUCUUGGGAUCCACCAUCAUUGCCAACUGGAGAGGAGCACCACCCUCUUGCCUGUCCUGCAAAAGUGCCGGGCAUUACUCUUCUAAAUGUCCAAAACACCUUCCGAAAAAUCAACCAAAAGUGCAGAUUGCCAACCCCCCGAAACCCCAGGCCAAACAAUCUGAAACAACUGCCCCUGAAAUACAAUCCAACACAGCCACCCCGACUGUGCAUGCAACAAACAACUCGCUGCAGGGAUCUGUACACAAUCCUGCAAAUCAUCCUAAUUUAGUACAUGUAUCAACCCCAACAACUGUGGCAUCAUCAUCGAAGACAACUAUCACAGAACCAUGCAUUACUAUACUGGCAACUCACUGGCCCAGGAUGAUGCAAUGGGCACAGAUGAUGAAACAAUGGCCAUCGAGCACUACACAUUCAACAGAGAUGUAG